UGCGCCCUUGAACGCCACCCGCCAGGUGUGACUGACCUGUCCUCGCCCAGCAUGCCCUCUCAGAAAAAAGCCGCCAGCGUGUUCGGCGGGGCCGGGGGAAGGGGCUCCAGGGCCUCGGUGGCGAGCCUGGAGGGGCUGCGUAACGUCCUGCGCAACGAGACGGAGAGGGACUCCGCUCCGGUGUCCAAGGCCGCCGCCGCUCCCGAAGGGUACGCGGCCCCCGGAGCCCCCGCCGCGGCGCCCCAGGCACCCGUUGCUCCCGCGGACGACAAGCAGACGCUCCGCGGCCUGAAUGACCGCCUGUCCGGCUUCCUGGACCGAGUCAAGCAGCUGCAAGACGAGAACCGAGACCUGCAGAGAGAGAUCGACGACAUCCUGGCCAAGAGGAAAACCCCGGAGGGCCGCGACUGGGAGGAGACCCAGAAACCUCUGGAGGAGCUCAAGAAGCAGAUCAAAGACAUCACCAUGGACAAUGCGAGGCUGCUGCUCCUGUCCGACAACACGAAAAUGGCAAAUGAGGACUUUAAGGACAAGCUGGACAAUGAGACCAGGGCGCGCAAGGAGCUGGAGAAAGACCUGGAGGACCUGAAGAGGGUCAUCGACGACACCAGGCUGAACUGCGAGCACAAGCAGAAGGAGAUCGACCUGGUGAAGGACGAGAUCGCCCGCCUGGAUCAGGAGCAUAAAGAAGAGGUGGACGUCCUGCGUGAGAAGAUCAAGGACUCCGAGGUGACGGUGGAGAUCGAGUCCUCCAACUCCGACCUGGCCGAGGCCCUCAACAAGGUCCGCGCCCAGUAUGACCGCCUCGCCGAGAAGAACCUGAAGGAGACCGACGACUGGUACAAGAGCAAGUUCGAGUACAUCAAGGUGGAGGAGGCCCAGAACGUGGAGGCUCUGCAGUCUGGAAAGACGGAGCUGAAGGACCUGCAGAGAGAGAAGCAGACUCUGGAAAUCCAGAUCCAGACUCUGCUCAGCAUGAUCCGCAACCUGGAGGAGACCCUGCGCUGCACCAAGGUGGAGUACGGCCAGCGGAUGGCCCCCCUCCACCAGGCCGUCGUGGAGCUGGAGCGGGAGCUGCGCGAGGUGAGGGCGCAGGUGGAGCAGCAGGCCGAGACCAACAAGAACCUGCUGUGCGUCAAGAUGAAGCUGGAGGCCGAGAUCAACAACUACCAGCAGCUGAUGUGCGGCAUGACCAGCGACUCGGAGAGCUUGGAGUUUGCUUUAGAGGAUGCUCUGCGCAGCGGCCGGCGAAAGCCCGAGGAGAAUGUUCCCAAUGAGGAGGAGGAGGAGGAGAGCGGAGGACCUCUCGCCGCUGUAAGCGCCCCUGCCAGCGCAUCGGCCCCACCUGAAACCCCCAAAGAGCAACCUGCCGGAGAAGUGAAGAAGGCGGCCAAAAAGAAGAAGAACAAGUCCAAGACUAAAGAUUCAUCCUCCUCUUCUUCAUCUUCUUCCUCCUCCUCCUCCUCUUCUUCCUCCUCCUCCUCCUCCUCUUCCUCCUCCUCUGAUGAUGAUGAUGAUGAGAAGGCCAAGAAUGAAGCUGAAGAGGCCAAAGCUUGAUCGGUUUCUCAUCUGUCUCCCUGUAGCGAUAAACUGCGUCGAGGUGUGUUUUUCCCCUCCGAUUCUGCUUCAAUAAAGCUUGACGGUUUCUAAAGGAAACAUCUAAAGGAAACUCU